ACAAAGUUUAAAGUUUAAACGGGUCUUGAAUAUGGUCAAUCUGUGGUCUGAGCCCGUUGAAGUCAGUCGUGUGUGAAAUAUCUAAAGCUAUACCAAAAUGAAGCUUGUGCUGGUUGUUAUAAGUGCCAUCAUAUUGGCUGCAUAUGCCGACGUGAUUUCAAUGGAUGACCUGCUAAAGGCAUAUUAUUUGAACACAAACGAAAUUGGUGACAACUCGGUGCAGGUAGCCAAUCAGGCUCUAUACGUUCCAAUGAACCUGAGGUCAUGUACCAGUGGAGCUUGCAACUUCGUGUGUAAGUUCCUUGGUUACAAAUAUGGAACAUGUGUCUCUUCUGAAACAUGCCGCUGUUACAGUUAAACUGUUAUCAAUCAUGAUUUUUCUGUUUUCACUGAAAUUUGUUUUUUUUUUUUUUUACUGUAGAUGUAGGAAACACCGGCUCUUUUUUAUCUUUGUAUUUCUUUUUAUUAGCAUUAUAAAUAAAUGUUUAUGAUUCUA